AUGUCUAUUCUAGAUUUCACGAUAGUAAAUCGUCGCCUCGAAGAGGAACGGCGUAAACAGUACCGUGGAACUGCAAGCGUAUGCUUAACAUCUCUGCAAUAUCAAGAAAAAAACCCUCAAGCAAUGAAAACAAUAUUUCUCCAGGAACGUGGCUGCCGUAAAGAAGAUCAUCGCCACCAUGUCAGGGCGAUCAUUAGUCAGCAGGAUCUAGAAGCAGCAAUGCUUAGCUCCUCGAUUUCGAGAGAAAUGCUUAUGGCUGAUACCCUGCCGUAUCCAAGGCUAGAAUUUCCCCCUGGAUUCAAGAUAGAAUGUAUCGAGGGUCAUGACCGACUUGCUGCAGCUAACGAGGUACUGCAAGGCUCGAAAAAGAGAUGGAUAGUAGACCUUUAUCUCGAUAAUUUAAGUAAUGAUCUACGAAUGCUGUUGGCAGAUGGUUAUGAUUACAAAAAAAUACCCGACGACGGAGAAAUUUAUACAAAAAUUCGACAGUUUCAGGGACUUCAUGGCGAUAUAAAUCCGUUUUUCGAAAACUUAUGGCUGGCUCGGCUGGCAGCAAACGCAAACAAAUGGAGAGUGUAUAACCAGCUCACAAAGCAUAAAAAGUUUAGCGCAGCAUUCGAUAAGCUUCUUGAUAUCCCGGGAUUAUUUGGAGGCUUUCGGCUGAGUGUUAUACAUCAAUUGCUAGGCAUGAAGUGUGACGAGCCAAAUCUCGCCUACUUGAACCAUAUCUAUAGAUGGUGGAGUGACAUCUUUGAGGGUGAUAAGGCAGCUAUGCAACAGGUCACGCGAGACACAGUUGCCGCUCUCCAAGGCAUGGCCCCUGGUGCUUGUUCCACAGAUCACGAAACACUGCUAGGAAAGAUGAAGAGCGGACGGAUUUUCGAGAAUUUUCAUGAUCAGCAGCGCGAAGAGUUGUGGGAGAGAGUUUGCAGUACAUCAAGAUUCUGUUUAAUUCCUUCAUUAUUCACAUUUUUUGAAGAUCGAAAAUUCCUCAGCGAUGCCGCCGGAGCCGUAAGAAAAGUGCUUCACCUGAGCCGAAAAGAUACGAUAGCCGGCUGCCUCGAAGAGAUCUUCAGUGAUCACAAUCAAGAAAAAGACAAGUGUAUCAUCCAGGUUUCUGAGACAACAUUUGCAUAUAUUGUAGGUGACAGCGAUACUCGGCUGGAUCUUGGAAUUCGACAAAUCUGGCUAGCAGCUUUUCGUAACUGCAGAGAGAUGCCA